UCUUUAUUAACAAUGAAUGGCAGAACUCAGACAGCGGGCGAGUGUUCUCUGUCUACAACCCAGCCACAGGAGAGCAGCUGUGUGAAGUCCAAGAGGCCGACAAGGCGGAUAUAGACAAAGCAGUGCAGGCAGCCCGCCUGGCUUUCUCCCUUGGCUCGGUGUGGAGAAGGAUGGAUGCUUCAGAGAGAGGACGUCUGUUGGACAAGCUUGCAGACUUAGUGGAACGGGACAGGGCAGUUCUUGCAACUAUGGAAUCCUUAAAUGGUGGCAAACCUUUCCUGCAAGCUUUUUAUGUGGAUUUGCAGGGCGUCAUCAAAACUCUGCGGUAUUAUGCAGGCUGGGCUGAUAAGAUUCAUGGAAUGACCAUUCCUGUAGAUGGAGAUUACUUCACCUUUACAAGACACGAGCCCAUCGGAGUGUGUGGACAGAUCAUCCCAUGGAACUUCCCCCUGCUGAUGUUUGCCUGGAAAAUUGCCCCCGCGCUAUGCUGUGGUAACACAGUGGUUAUUAAACCAGCCGAGCAGACACCGCUCAGUGCGCUCUACAUGGGAGCCCUCAUCAAGGAGGCUGGUUUUCCACCUGGAGUCGUCAAUAUUCUGCCAGGAUUUGGGCCAACAGCCGGGGCAGCCAUAGCUUCUCACACUGGCAUAGACAAGAUCGCAUUCACAGGCUCUACUGAGGUUGGAAAGCUUAUCCAAGAAGCAGCUGGAAGAAGUAACUUGAAGAGAGUGACCCUGGAACUUGGAGGGAAAAGCCCCAAUAUCAUUUUUGCAGAUGCAGAUCUGGACUACGCCGUGGAGCAGGCUCACCAGGGUGUGUUCUUCAACCAAGGCCAGUGCUGCACCGCAGGCUCCCGCAUCUUUGUGGAGGAGUCCAUCUACGAGGAGUUUGUGAGGCGAAGCGUGGAGCGGGCCAAGAGGCGCAUCGUGGGGAGUCCCUUUGACCCCACCACGGAGCAGGGCCCUCAGAUUGAUAAGAAACAGUACAACAAGAUCCUGGACCUCAUCCAAAGCGGUGUGGCCGAGGGGGCCAAGCUGGAGUGCGGAGGCAAAGGCCUGGGCCGAAAGGGCUUCUUCAUUGAGCCCACCGUGUUCUCCAACGUCACGGACGACAUGCGCAUCGCCAAGGAAGAGAUCUUUGGUCCCGUGCAGGAAAUUCUGAGGUUUAAGACCAUGGAUGAGGUCAUCGAAAGAGCCAAUAACUCGGACUUUGGACUGGUGGCAGCUGUGUUUACUAACGACAUCAACAAGGCCCUGACUGUCUCUUCUGCCAUGCAAGCCGGGACUGUCUGGAUCAAUUGUUAUAACGCCUUAAAUGCCCAGAGCCCCUUUGGAGGGUUCAAGAUGUCUGGAAAUGGGAGAGAAAUGGGCGAGUUUGGCUUGCGAGAGUACUCGGAAGUGAAGACGGUGACGGUGAAGAUCCCCCAGAAGAACUCAUAAGCAAGCCAAGGAGAAGGGUUGCAGUGUGCCAUGACUGGCAUGUGUCAGCAGAGCCGUGUCCCAAACAGGGCCUCAUCCAUGCACGUGCUUGCUUCAACAAGUGAGCUUCAGCCGGCGGGAGAGGCGCAAACCAAGAUGUCUCCCUUCCUUCCCAGCCUCACGCCUCCGCUUUCCAGUAACCCCCCCUAGUUUGGUGUGGGCAGCAUUAGCAUCCUCCCCUUCUUCUCUCUCCACCUGCCACUUCCAUGCCAGUCCCCUAAUCUAGAUGAAGAUCAGCUAUUUAAAAAAAGACCUAAGGUAACCUCCAGUAUGUGGAAUCGGGGUGACAUAGAUAUAUACAUAUGUAUAGCCUUCUGUAUUUAAUGGUUUCCUGCUUUCUAACCAUACUGGUUUGCUAUUUAUAACCCGUGUUUAUCCACUGUGUUUUAAAGGACUCCGCCCCCUCCCCCUCACCCCCUCCCCCGUUCUCUACACACAGUGCACCGGGCAGCCCAUGGCUUUGGAUGUACGCGCUCCUUCUUUAGCGCGGCCCAGUGCACCCACCACUAACCAACUAGUUACUUUGAACUACAGUAUACAAUGUGAAAAAUGAAGAUUUAUUUCUUUUAAUUUACUUCAAAAGAAACCUCU